GUGGUGGCGCCCGGCCCCGAAACUCGAAGGCCGAGCACGGCAGGCGGAGGUUGGCCCGGCCCCCACGGCCCCCGGCAUGGCCCAGGGCUCGGCGCUCCCGCGGCAGGCUGCACUAUGCUGCCCGGCCGUCUGGGUGGCCGCCGCUCUCCUGCUCACACUGCGCGGGACAUCAGGUGAAGUAGAGGUUCCGGACCCAAAUGAUCCUUUGGGACAACUGGAUGGGCAGGAGAGCCCGCUCCCAACUCUGAAAGGUUACUUUCUAAAUUUUCUGGAGCCUGUAAACAAUAUCACCAUUGUCCAAGGCCAGACAGCAAUUCUGCAUUGCAAGGUGGCGGGAAACCCUCCUCCCAACGUGCGGUGGCUGAAGAACGACGCCCCGGUGGUGCAGGAGCCUCGGCGCAUCAUCAUCCGAAAGACCGAAUAUGGCUCUCGGCUAAGGAUCCAAGACCUGGACACGACAGACACGGGCUACUACCAGUGCGUGGCCACCAACGGAGUGAAGACCAUCACUGCCACCGGAGUCCUGUUCGUGCGGCUGGGUCCAACACACAGCCCAAAUCAUAACUUUCAGGACGACUACCAUGAGGACGGCUUCUGCCAGCCCUACCGUGGGAUCGCCUGCGCACGCUUCAUCGGGAACCGCACCAUUUACGUGGACUCGCUCCAGAUGCAGGGGGAGAUCGAAAACCGAAUCACAGCGGCCUUCACCAUGAUUGGCACCUCCACGCACCUGUCGGACCAGUGCUCGCAGUUCGCCAUCCCGUCCUUCUGCCACUUCGUGUUCCCACUGUGCGACGCGCGCUCCCGUGCGCCCAAGCCGCGCGAGCUGUGCCGCGACGAGUGUGAAGUGCUGGAGAGCGACCUGUGCCGCCGGGAGUACAGCAUCGCGCGCUCCGACCCGCUCAUCCUCAUGCGGCUGCAGCUGCCCAAGUGCGAGGCGCUGCCCCUGCCCGAGAGCCCCGACGCGGCCAACUGCAUGCGCAUCGGCAUCCCGGCGGAGAGGCUGGGCCACUACCACCAGUGCUACAACGGCUCGGGCGCGGAUUACAGAGGCACGGCCAGCACCACCAAGUCAGGGCACCAGUGCCAGCCAUGGGCCCUACAGCACCCGCACAGCCACCACCUGUCCAGUGCGGACUUCCCUGAGCUCGGAGGGGGUCACGCCUACUGCCGGAACCCUGGAGGCCAGAUGGAAGGGCCCUGGUGCUUUACGCAGAAUAAAAACGUACGCAUGGAACUGUGUGACGUACCCUCGUGUAGUCCCCGAGACAGCAGCAAGAUGGGGAUUCUGUACAUCCUGGUUCCAAGCAUCGCAAUUCCAUUGGUCAUUGCUUGCCUUUUCUUCUUGGUCUGCAUGUGCCGGAAUAAGCAGAAGGCUUCUGCGUCCACACCACAGCGUCGGCAGCUGAUGGCCUCGCCCAGCCAGGACAUGGAAAUGCCUCUCAUUGGCCAACACAAACAGGCCAAACUCAAAGAGAUCAGCCUGUCGACAGUGAGGUUCAUGGAGGAGCUGGGAGAGGACCGCUUUGGGAAGGUCUACAAAGGCCACCUAUUUGGGCCCACCCCCGGGGAGCAGACCCAGGCUGUUGCCAUCAAAACGCUGAAGGACAAAGCAGAGGGGCCUCUCCGGGAGGAGUUCCGACAUGAGGCCAUGCUGCGGGCGCGGCUGCAGCACCCCAACAUCGUCUGCCUGUUGGGCGUGGUGACCAAGGACCAGCCCCUGAGCAUGGUCUUCAGCUACUGCCCACACGGUGACCUCCACGAGUUCCUGGUCAUGCGGUCCCCACACUCGGACGUGGGCAGCACUGAUGACGAUCGCACAGUGAAGUCUGCCCUGGAGCCCCCCGACUUUGUGCAUGUCGUGGCGCAGAUUGCAGCGGGGAUGGAGUACCUGUCCAGCCACCAUGUGGUCCACAAGGACCUGGCCACUCGCAACGUGCUCGUGUACGAUAAGCUGAGCGUGAAGAUCUCAGACUUGGGCCUCUUCCGGGAGGUGUACUCUGCCGAUUACUACAAGCUGAUGGGGAACUCGCUGCUGCCCAUCCGCUGGAUGUCCCCUGAGGCGAUCAUGUAUGGCAAGUUUUCCGUGGACUCAGACAUCUGGUCCUACGGCGUGGUCCUGUGGGAGGUCUUCAGCUAUGGCCUGCAGCCCUACUGCGGGUGCUCCAACCAGGAUGUGGUGGAGAUGAUCCGCGGCCGGCAGGUGCUGCCCUGCCCAGACGACUGCCCUGCCUGGGUGUACGCCCUCAUGGUUGAGUGCUGGAAUGAGUUCCCCAGCCGGCGGCCCCGCUUCAAGGACAUCCACAGCAGGCUCCGCGCGUGGGGCAACCUCUCCAACUACACCAGCUCAGCGCAGACCUCAGGAGCCAGCAACACUACGCAGACCAGCUCCCUGAGCACCAGCCCUGUGAGCAAUGUGAGCAAUGCCCGCUACGCAGGGCCCAAGCAGAAGGCCCAGCCCUUUCCACAGCCCCCGUUCAUCCCCAUGAAGGGCCAGGUCAGGCCUCUGGUGCCCCCACCCCAGCUCUACAUCCCCGUCAAUGGCUACCAGCCAGUGCCAGCCUACGGGGCCUACCUGCCCAACUUCUACCCCGUCCAGAUCCCAAUGCAGAUGGCCCCACAGCAGGUACCUCCUCAGAUGGUUCCCAAGCCCAGCUCACACCAUAGUGGCAGUGGCUCCACCAGCACGGGCUAUGUCACUACUGCCCCCUCUAACACGUCUGUGGCGGAUAGGGCAGCCCUCCUCUCGGAGGGUACGGAGGACGCACAGAAUGUCCCAGAAGAUGUGUCCCAGAGUCCUGUACAGGAGGCAGAGGAGGAAGAGGAGGGCUCUGUCCCAGAGACCGAGCUAUUGGGAGACAAUGACACCCUGCAGGUGGAUGAAGCUCAAGUCCAGCUGGAAGCCUGAGGGGUGGGAGGGCUAGGGCUGGAGGGAGAAGCCCCACAGUGACUGUGUGGGGUUGUCAGCCGCCUUGAAAAGACGUAAGACCCAGUAGUGAUCGGAGCUCUCUGGUUUGUAGCCUCAGUGGUGUGAAACCCUGCUCCUCUCUACCCUUGGACACAUGGAGUUGCCACUGCCUAGGAGUUCUGGGCCUGGCCAGGGGCCCAGCAACACAACAUCCUUGGACACUGGACACACAGUGACCUCUGACAGCACCUGCAUUUAUCCUGGUGGUAGUUGGUAGCGACCAGCAAAUGCUUUGCAAAAAAAUGGGUGGCACCUUCACUUCAUAAAUAUGGAGUGAGUAUUUUGAAACUUUGGGAACACAAGCCUGCAAGAGGCAGCCAGGAGGCACCUGGGGUUUCCAGGCCUGUUGGUUUGGGGAUCUUGGGGUCUGCUGCCCUCCCCCCGCCCCCUGCUGGGAAUAUUCUCCCUAAGUAGCCAAAGAUAAGGGGUGGGGGAAGGGGAAUGGAGCCUGCUUCCCACUGCCCACUGGGUCCCCUGACAGACAAGGGGCCCUGAAAUGGGAGCUUUCCUUAUUACAAUGAAACGUGCCUUUAAACAAACCGACACAAUUUUGUAUUUUUGUGAAAUGGUUUUAAUUAUACUGCAUGUGUAUUUUGUCCACUUUUCUGGAAUUUGAGGGAAAGUGUUUUUUGGGUUUGGAAUGUUCAAAGGAAGCAAUAUUGUACAGAAUACAGUAUUGUUAUUUUUUUUUUAAGAAUCAUGUACAGACCUUAAAUGUAAUUUAUAUGUUUUUAAUAUGCCAU